AUGCCGAAGUCUCAAGCUUCCUACGCAUCUUUAGCCUCCAACCGUACCACCGAAGACGAUGACGAUGAUCACGAGCUGACGGAGCACGAAAGAGAGGCCAUUAGAAAUGCCUACCGCAAUGCGUUCGAGUCACACACUACGCCCGUCUCGCCGGCGGAGAUGAGGGACGAUAUAGAAACAGUGCGGAGACCCUUGAGGUCGACGAGAACGUCUGAUGGUGACCUCAGACUGCGACUGCCUUCACGACAUGUGGACGAACGUACUGGGCUGUUGUCCGAGCCUCGCAGCGGCUACAGGACCACCAGUGUACCUGGCACACCGCGCUAUGGCUUUGCACGCUCGCACAGCUAUGUCAAUUCUGUCCGCGGUCUUAGUCAUAGCCGACGAGGCUCUUUCGCACGAGGUCUCAUGAAGACGUUGGGCGGCAGCGCUGGUCAAGAGGCGGAUGAAGGCCCUUCGGCAUCGAAGCAGUCCGUGUAUUGGGACGAUCGAGUCUGGUACGAUCAGUUCACCUCCACCGACUGGGUACAUGACAGCAUAGCAGAUGCCUACCGUGUGAAAGAGUUGCGGAGCAGGAAAGACUUCAAAGGCAGAGUGCAAGCCUUCUUCGACGGCGCACAAGGAUGGGUGCUUGUCUUCAUAAUCGGGUGCAUUACAGCAGGCUUCGCCUACGUGAUCGAUAUUACCGAAGCCACCAUCUUUGAUUUCAAGAGUGGGUACUGCACAACACACUGGUGGUACAGCAAGAGGAUGUGCUGCAGCGGUGCCAGUAUCUGCGAUGAAUGGAAUCGCUGGUCCAAUCUGGUGCACGACUCGAGCGAGAGGCAACUUUGGACAGACUUCGCAGCCUACAUUAUAUGGUGUGUUGUGCUGUCUACUAUUGCGUGCCUUAUCACGCUACAGACCAAGACAACCAUUUCCUCUGCCAUCUCGCUAUCGACGCUUGAUGAGAACCUGGGUGCGGACCGGCAUCACGACUCGUCGAAGACGCAUACAGAGGGCGGACAUGGAACUGUGAGUCCGACCAGACGCUUCCAGGAAGCUGCUCAGCGUCCGCCAGUGACAUACUAUCCUGCUGCGGGUAGUGGUGUUGCUGAAGUCAGGGUUAUUCUCUCAGGCUUCGUGUUGCACGGCUACCUUGGCAUGCGAACGCUUGUCUUCAAAGCCGUCGGCAUCGUCUUCUCAGUCGCAUCUGGCCUGUCAGUCGGGAAGGAAGGUCCUUAUGUGCACAUCGCCGCCUGCAUCGGAAACAUUGCAACUCGAUUCUCACGCAAGUAUCGCAACAAUGAUGCCAAGCGUCGAGAAGUACUAUCUGCUGCGGCCGCGGCUGGUGUGGCAGUCGCCUUUGGUGCACCCAUCGGCGGCGUUCUCUUCGCACUGGAGGAAGUGAGCUACUACUUUCCGCCCAAAACACUCUUCAGGACCUUCUUCUGCUGCAUCGCUGCCGCGCUGUCGCUGAAAGCUCUGAACCCAUACGGCACUGGCAAGAUUGUGCUGUUCGAAAUUCGAUACCUCACAGACUGGAAGUUCUUCGAGAUCAUUGCUUUCAUCUGCGUAGGAGCGCUAGGCGGCAUUCUUGGAGCGCUUUUCAUCAAAGCGUCCAGGUUCUGGGCUAAGACUUUCAGGCGCAUGAGCUUGAUCAAAGACUACCCUGUGCUUGAGGUCGUCUUGGUCGCAGUGGUUACUGGCAUUGUCAGCUUCUGGAACAGAUACACUCGCCUUCCGGUUGCAGAGUUGCUGUACGAGAUGGCUUCGCCAUGCACGUCGUUCUCAGACGAUGGCUCAGCUCUUUGUCCAACACAAGAGCAGAUUCCUGGGACUAUUGGCUACUUGACGGCUGCCUUUGUGAUCAAGGCUGUUCUCACGACUGUGACCUUUGGCAUCAAGAUUCCGGCAGGGAUCUAUGUGCCAUCAAUGGUGGUAGGUGGUCUGCUGGGGCGGAUCGUGGGCCACAUGGUGCAAUACCUGACCCUCAAGUACCCCGAACUCGCAUUCUUUGCGAAUUGUCCGAAUGAUGGCAAUCCAGAGUCUUGCGUGGUGCCGGGUGUCUAUGCACUUGUGGCCGCCGGAGCUACAAUGUGUGGUGUGACACGCCUGUCAGUAACGCUGGCAGUCAUUCUCUUUGAAUUGACCGGCAGCUUGGACCACGUCCUACCAUUCUCACUCGGAGUUUUGGUAGCGAAGUGGACAGCCGAUGCCCUCGAGCCGCUCAGCAUCUACGAUCUGCUUACAGAUAUGAACGCAUACCCGUACCUCGACCACAAGGUGCGGCCAAUUUUCACCACAGAUUUGGGCGACAUUACACAAGCACCUUCCCAGAACCGCUUGAUCGACAUCUCCGGAUCUUCUUUGGUACCUGCCAAGCAAUUGCGCUUCAAGCUGGAGUACCUGCACAUGGCUGGCGAGCUGGAUGGUGGACUUCCUAUUCUGAAGGAAGGUGUCCUGGUAGGACUUAUACCAGGCCCUGAUCUGGAGUACGCACUCGAUCGCGUGCCUGACGAAGAAGACACAAUGUGCCUGAUGAACGCUCACGACCAAGCGCUCCACCACGAACACAGACCGAGCAACAUGGACGACGAGAACGACGACUCCGCUGCCCUUGAAGACGAUGUCGACGCAGAAGAGGGAACUCGACGAGGGUCAGACAACUCGGAGCGAGAUCCUACCGAUUUCACGCCGUAUAUCGAUCCUUCUCCGGUGGCGCUUGACAUUACGAGUCCGAUGGACCUCGUGUUCGAGUGUUUCGUCAAACUUGGUCUGAGGUAUGUCUGCGUGCUGCAUGAGGGGAAGUAUGCGGGCAUGGUGCAUAAGAAGACGUUUGUACGAUAUGUCAAGCACGUGCAGGAGCAGGACAAGGGGGUGUUUGGGAAGAACAGCGACUACACAGCGCGAUUCAUCCCGCCGCAUUUGCACAGCGAGGUGGUGCCGAGUAGGGAACGAGGGGCAAGUCCGAGCGCUGCGUUUGCGGCAGUCACGAUUGAGGGGGAUAUGUCUGGGAGCGAGAAUGGGGCCAACGCUGGCUCGGGGCGGAAUAUGGAGAAUGUGAGUCCUGCUAGGCCCGCGUCGAUGGCGGCGAGGAGUGCGAGUCCGGCGAAGAGGAGUAGGGCGGAGGUGGAUUCGGAGGAUUCGCAGCAGAUGGAGAAGAUGCCGGGUAGCUUUGCGAGUGAUGUGGAUAUGGCGGGCUUGACGCCGGCGAGCAAUGGCCUGGAUGCGCAAGACGGCUCGAUGACGGCUGGAGAGUCUAUGGAUACUUCAGCCACGAGCUUUCAGUCCGGGCAGGAAGCUCCUCCUCCUUACAAAGUCAACGACAACUACACUACCGAAGAGAUUGACGAACAGGUCAGCCAGGUGGAAGAGCUUCUCAACAAACCGCUGGACGAGGGCACUAUGGGCGUCGUGAUCUCGAAUCGGUGGCUGAAGCGAGUAGUCUCAAGAGCAUCGAAGAACUUGAAGAGCAGCAACUUUGAGAAGUCCGAUCGCGAGGGCGCUGUUGGGCCGCUGGACAACAGUGACAUCGUGCCUGCCGGAGCCUUUGAUGCGCCACACCUUCACGAUGCGGCCGAGAAGCCUUUCAUCCCUCUGGACCCAGGCCUGACUCUUGGCGAGGACAUCGAGGUCUUGCCGUACGAUGCUUACGGAGAGAUCACGGGCAAGUAUGGCUCGGUGUCUGGCCAGAAGGCGAUCAUCCGGUAUGCGCACAACACGGUCACAGAUGCAGAGUCUGUUGCGAAGAAUAUCAUCUACGAGCUCUAUCCUCCUCUGAUCACGGUGAGGAAGGUACCUUGGCACGACCCCGAUAACAAGGAGCCUGCGAAGUCGACCAAUGCUCUCUUGAAUAUACAAAAGGUCAAGGAGGGGCGAAAGCGUGGCCAGAACAGUCUCGACGACGCACCGACCCUUGUAGCUUCAAGAACCGAAGGCGUCCAAAACUUCUUACGCAGAGCGAAAGUGGCGGCCGACAUUGCCAGCGGCACAAAGGUCAAAGUAUGGCGAGUGCUCGAGCCAGCACAGACUCAGACCAACGGCUCGGGUGUCGUUACACCUCCCGCGUCAAGGAGUGCUUCACCAACGAAAGCAUCGUCUCCCACCAAGCUCGUUGUCGAGCAAAAGGCUUUUGCCAAAAUGGACAUUGGAACGCACCUCGAGUUCUGCGAUGUCAUGAAAGAUCUGACCCACGACGAGAAGUACACGGGAUCAAGCACAAUAUCAUUAGCCGGUCUCGGCGAUACUCCCAGCUCUACCAUCAUUCUUGAAGAGCAAACUCGUGGUCCUGGAGGUGGAGAGUUCACGUCCGACAACAAGAAGGGGUUCAAGAACAUCAUAAAUAACCUGAACAGAAAGACCAACGGCUCGAAGCCGUCUUCCGCGACUGCUAGCCGCCGAACAAGUCCAAAUCCAGGGAUGAUGACGCGAGGUCGUAUGCGCAAAGAUGGUCGUACACGAGGUGUUACUGGGCUUGCAAACCUGGGCAAUACCUGCUACAUGAACUCAGCGCUGCAGUGCAUACGAAGUGUGGAGGAGCUUGCGCUGUACUUCUUAAGCAAGAGGUACAAGUCGGAGAUCAACAACGACAACCCACUUGGUCAUCACGGCGCCAUGGCGAACGCGUACUACACAGUCCUUGCCGGCAUCUAUGGCGAUAACAGCGGCGGCUCUUACUCUCCACAAGAGUUCAAGAGGAAGCUUGGGAGCGUUCAGCCGCUCUUCUCGGGAUACGGUCAGCAGGACUCGCAGGAGUUCUUGAGUUUCCUUGUCGAUGCCCUGCACGAAGAUCUGAACCGCAUCAUCAAGAAGCCUUAUAUCGAGAACCCCGACUCUGACGAUGCCAAAGUCCACGACCCUGAAUACAUUCACGAACUGGGAGAGACGUAUCGCACAAACCACCAAAAGCGCAACGACUCGAUAGCCACUGAUCUUUUCGGCGGCUUUUACAAGAACACAAUGGAGUGCCCGGACUGCGAGAAAGUUAGUGUGACUUUCGAUCCGUACUCGCUCCUCACUGUACAGCUUCCUAUGGAUCACGCAUUCUCUCACACCAUCACAUACAUACCAUUGCGUGGCAAGCCUGUCAACCACGAGAUUGAUAUCGAUAAGAAUUCGACGAUCAAGACCCUCAAAGAGAGCAUAGCGAAGAAGCACAAGACGGAUGCCAGCCGGCUGUGGAUGGCUGAAGUAUACUCACAUAAGAUCUACAAAGUCUUUGCUGAUAAUAGCACGCUCGCUGAGGCCAACAUUGUGGCCAACGAUUACAUCUUCAUGUUCGAGCUUGACGGCUCGCCGACCAAUGCUCCGUCAGGGAAGAAGAGCUACAACAGCUAUGGCUCUGCAAAGGAUCUCGAUGUGGUACCGGCCGAAGGCAUGGAGUCCCCUCAAGCUGACAUCGUUGCCGUGCCAAUCUUCAGCCGUAUGAAGAAGAAUAACGGAUCUCAUGACCAAGUCCUCCACCCUCUUUACAUCACGCUGACACGAGAGGAGACGGAAGAUUACGAGAUAAUCAUGAAGAAAGUGCUGCUUGCUGUUGCGAACGUCACCAGCAGACCUAUACUCACAGAAUUUCAUGAGGGCGAAGUGAAGAAGGCUGAUGUCGAGGAACUCGAUGAUGAUGCGGAUAUGGACAAAGACCAGGCUGCUUCGGACGACACCGCUGGUGUCAGUGAUCACUCGGCGCAGUCUGAGGACGGCUACGUCGCGAUAUCGUUGGGCAAAGCUGAUCCUGCAGCUACUCCGGCCGGGGAGCUUGACCCGCCAACAAUCGACGAGUUCUCUACUGACGUCCCUGAUGGCUUCAUGGACGCUCAGUACUAUCUCCCUACUGCACUUCGAACACAGCUCUUUGACUUGAACUGGGCCAAGAGUAGCGAUGGCAACUUGCACUGCGCUUCCAUGUCAGCAUACAGUUCUGACAUUCGAUCCAUGUCUGACCGCGUGAAACAGCCGGAGCGACGGUCGUCGAUGGGUUCAUCUGGCUCGGGCGGCUCUUCACCUGAUGCCAACAACGAUAGUGACGAGAGCGACAAUGAUGACGGAAUUGAUGAUGAGCCCGACAUCACCCUCGGUGGCCAGGACGAUGCCACGACAUCGAGCCCGGAUGUCGAAGAGGACGAACAAGAACCUUCGCCGUCUGGCGGUCUACAGCGACCUCAGCGAGGUGGCAACCGCAAGAAGGGCAAGAAGAAGGGCAAGCGUGGCAAGAAGGGCUCGUGGAAGUCGCAAGGUAGAGCUGGCGGUCAGCAAGCUUAUGGCAACAAGAACCAGCACACUCGGCAAAAUGGCUCCAGACAUGCUGGCUCAAGCCCUGGCGGCGACUCGCAAGACGGCGGCCCGUACUACAUUCAGCUUGGCGAGGGUAUUGUGCUCGAUUGGCAACCGGAAGCUUUUGACAGUCUGUUCAAUGGCGAUCCUAACGAUGCCGAAGAGAUGCGUGGUCACACAUACCACAACGACGACGGGAAGCACGGCCGAGUGUUCACCGACCCGGAGCUGGAACUUAGGAAAGAGAAGCGUUCGGCGCGCAAGAAGCAUGGUAUCGAUCUGGAAGAGUGCUUCAUCGAGACUGGCAAGCGCGAAAUUCUGUCCGAAGACAAUGCAUGGUAUUGCAAUCGGUGCAAGGAGAUGCGGCGUGCGGCCAAGACACUGCAGAUCUGGACUUUGCCUGAGAUCUUGGUGGUGCACAUGAAGCGCUUCGGUGGCACGCGGUCCUUUAGAGACAAGAUCGACGUCCUCGUUGACUACCCCAUCGAAGGUCUCGACAUGAACGACAAAGUCGGCUUGAAGGAAGAUGGCAAGGAUUACACUUACGAUCUGUUUGCUGUAGACAACCACUAUGGUGGUCUUGGUGGUGGACAUUACACUGCCAUGGCCAAGAACUUCAACGAUGGAGAGUGGUAUGAAUACAAUGAUAGUAUCGCACACAAGAUCAGUAGUGGCGCUGAGAAGCUCAAAUCUGCUGCUGCCUACCUGCUGUUCUACAGACGCCGAUCCGAGAAGCCACUCGGGCCCCAGUACCUCCAGGACCUUGUUAUGGAUUCUCGAAACCCACCAGAAGUCCCUGCCGAUGAGGCCGAUGAACCAGAUUCGGGGGAAGACAAGCUCGGCGGCCCAGCUCACUCCUCAUCCCGUGGGUCGUCGAGCGCCUUAGCCGUAGCAGGAGCCGGGAUGAAGAACAGGCUGAGCCACGAAAGAAAUGGUGGAGUUGGAGCAGACAGCAAUCCGACGCCGAAGAUAACGAUGACGACCGAGCAGAUGAGUGAGGCUAGGUAUGGAGAUAGCUGGGGAUUCACACGCUUCGAUGGUUCUGACGUCAAUAACGAUGGUGAUGCCGCCAGCGACAAAGCAGAUCUCGGUGAUGCCGACAGCGGGGUGGGAGGUAGUGUAUCCACCACCAGCGACAUGGAGUACGACCGCAGUGGAGCGCACAACUCGCCGCGGGAAGAGGGUUCAAUGGAACUUCACGAGCAUGUGAUGGACUUCAAUCGGCACGCUGAGGAUCUCGAUAUGGUGGACGAAAAUCAGGAUGAGCAAGUGGACGAGAUUCACGUCGAAGAUUAUUUUGAUACUACGACGCAGUCGGGAUAG